UUGUGAAGCAAAAACAUAAGCGAGACAAAAAAGCUGAAGUGCAUAUAAUAAUUCCAUUCGACUUUAAUUACACUGAACCAGGUAGAAAUAAACAAUUUACUAUUCGCUAAUUUACUAAUGAAACGAAACGGAACUAGUUUACCAUUUAUAUUUUUCAUGAACAAUGCUACUCGUUGUUUUCUGCAAAGAUAAAUUCAUAACCAUAUUAAAUUCCAUAUUUACAUUAUUACCCCAUAGCGAGACUAGAUUAAUUGAAUUCUCAGUGAAGAACGUAGAACUAAAGAAUACGUGGAUACUUGAUAGUCUGUAAUAAAUUGACGAGGCUGAUCAAUACAGACUCAAAUAUGUAAUCAAAUAUGUUCUAAGUAAACCAAAUAUAAAAUCACUGGAAGACACACGCACCGUCGUACAAGCUGAUGUGUCCAACACUUACGUUAGGCUGCUGAUGAAAAUAACUCGGGUAGUGAAGCUAUCCAUGAUACAAAUACCCAUCGUAGAAUUUAAACGGAGAAUAAUAAAUAUGUGAUUUAAUGCGUUGCCACAUACCUCGAAGGAACAUCAACAACGUGAACGCUCUGAUAUAAAAUUAAAGGAUGUCGAUUGUCGACAGUCGCUCGGAUAGAACAAAAGUGUAGGUCAACACAGAUUAUGCAGAUCGUUGACAUUGACAUCAUAAGUAAUAACCGAUUUAAAAGUAACAAUUAAGGAAUGUUAUUACAGCGGCAGCUGGCCUCACUUCUGUGACCAAAUAGGAAAAAGCUGUUAAUGGUCGGAGUAUUUGUUUGAUGAUGGGCAGGCUUAUUACACAAACGCUGAACUGAUAUCACGAUAUUGUGGAAAUGAAAAUGCAGACAACAAUGAAAUCGAAUUGUUGUUUAGACAUACCACCGUUGAACAUUUCGGAAAUCGGUUUUCAAUUUACAGCAAUUAUAAUAUUGGAUGUUCUCUGCAUCGUCGGUAAUAUUCUACUGAUUUUAACAAUUUCUAAAUCUCAUCAACUGCACACAAUUAGCAAUGGCCUUAUCCUUAAUCUAGGGAUUGCUGAUCUGUUAGUAGCUGUUCUAGUGGUUCCAUUCUGGGCCGUGACAACUUUGGCUCAAGUGGCGACUGUACCCAAUGAGUUAUGCGUAAUGGUUGGAUUCUUUACGGUUACGCUAUUUCUGGAAUCCAUGACAACGCUAGGAGGAAUUGCAUUUGAUAGGUAUUGUAGUAUAUGCCGCCCAUUGCGGUACCCUAUCAUUGUGACUAACACAAGAGCCAUUGUGUUUGUCGUCUACUCUUGGGCCCAAAGUGCAAUAUUAGCAGCCGCUCCGUUUUUUGGAUUUGGUGAAUAUAGAUUCAAACCGUCAACGUUGUCCAUCUGCACGAUGGACUUUCUCCACGACACAUACUACUCAGUUUUGUUAUUUUGUGUGGCAGUUUUACCUUCAUGUUUGACGAUUAUAAUAUGUUAUUCGAUUAUUUUUAAAGUCGUGCGAGAUCAAGUUCGAAAAGUGAAGGAAUUAGACCACAGUAGAUGUUCCGCUGAUGUGGGACCGGGCUUAUCGGGUCCAGGGGUAACAUCCGGAGUAAGUAACGGUAGCAACCGAAUGGAUAAUUUUUCAGAAACUACUGGAUUGGAUAGAAACAACCCAAUCUGUAUAUUUGCUAUGACCGUUGGUAAGAUUCGACUAAAACCUACAAAAAUUGAAAAAGGAAUUAGACCAGAUGAAAGCAGUAACAAGAAAAGCACCUACGAUGCCAUUGACUUCCGUUUCAUCAAUAUUGAUAAUGAUAUAGGUACGAUGCCUCGGAUUCCUGUUGGGCAAUCUGUCUUAGCUCGAGCGGCGGUUAGGUUCAAAUCAUCAAUCAAACAAUCGCGAGGUCUUAGAACUAUUGGCUUAAUCAUAGGCUGUUUUUUAAUAUGUUGGACUCCUUAUUGCAUUCUUAUAAUUCGCUCAAUAAUUACAGGGACGGCUCCCGACUAUGACGUUGAAUUUAUCAUUACGUUUCUGGCUUUCGCUAAUUGCUUUGCGAACCCUAUCAUUUGCUUGGUUGUUAAUAGAGAAUUCAAAAAAGCGAUGAAGAAGAUAUUAAUGCCAGAGAGGCCGAGGAUGCUGCACCUGAGGGAGAUAAUGAACCUGUUCAACACGAUAACAGCGGUAAUUGCUCCACAGAUACUUGAAGAUGCAACCCCAGACCCCGCCUCGGACACGCAAAAUUGAAAUGAAUUAAAUGAACAAGCACAUCGAAACAAUAGGUGUUGUACAAUGUAAAAUAAAGACGCCAAUAUAAUUCUUCUGAGAGAAUCAUAAAUAUUUCAAGUAAGGAUUAUCUCUGGAUUGGUCAUUAAGUUGGUUUUAUAUUUCCAUAAUUAAAUACUCAUUAAGCAAGAGUACCUCAUUCGGUCUACCAUGGGAAGCUACCAUGAAUUUAUGAAAUAAAUAUUGCAUAAAUUCACUGUGUAAAUCGUUCACUUUUGGGAAAUAAUCCAUAUACCGGAGAUUAAAUGGAAAUGAUUUUUAAAUGCAUUCGCGGAACACAAAACUUGAAGAAACUUGAGUUAUUUGGAAUUAGACCAGAUCGUUCAAAAAGUAGACUUUAAAGACCUGUUUCUCAUAUUGUAGCAUAUAUUGAUCAAUAACAAUG